AUGGUCAACACACUCGAGGUUCCUAUGGAACAAGUUCUUCGCAAGCGCAGCGCCUCCCUCACGUCUCUCAAGAUGACCGACUAUAAGACGAUGAACCCCCUCGACAAGUUCAUCACACCGAAGGCUCCUCCUCCACUGCCCGACAGCAUGAGGACGCGCCUAGGCUCGUCGCCUCUCACACCUUCAAGUAUCUCAUUGCGCUCCAUGUCAACGGCUCCCGCAUGGCGGCGUUUGUUCGGCCGGCGGUCCUCUAGCCGGACCGGCGAACGUGAUCGUCAUCGCAACGAGGAGCAUUGGUCCAUGUCAUCAGAUGUCUACGUGGAUGAUGAGAGAAGUCUCCUCUCAUCGCAAGGGAGCCGAAGCAGGGACAUUUCGCCCGAAUCUCUUCAGCGUUUCCUGGCCGACGAAACCGCACCGUCAGUGCCGACUGACGUUAUGGAAGAGCGGCCGACUCUGUCGAUACCGGAAGACAUUGUGGAAGAGAAUGAAGACGACCUCAACUUCGCCACAUCAGCCGUGUCUGAAAACAACCCCUACGCAACAUGCCUAUCGCCUCCACCUUUCAAACGAUCCCACUCCGACAGCAGCAUGCCUACUGUCACGAAUGGCAGCCAAAUGACGCUGACACAAUAUGUCCACUCCACAUCGGACAAGGUUGAUGCUGCGCAUGCGCCGUCCCCAACUCGGGACCUCCAGAGCCGUCCCACUCUCGGACUCGACAUGUCGGAGUCGCGGUUCUCUAUGUCUUCCGCUUCCAGCAUUGUCUCCCAAGAGCUACGCUCUCCAGAUGAUGAGCCGCCCUCAUGGUAUGACUCCAAUGAUGACGACGAUGAGUUGCUCUCGUCGAAUGAAAGCGAGUCCUCCCGUAAGCCUCUGUGCGCGCUGGAUUCGACAUAUACGUCUUUGGACCAGCCGCGAGCCCCUAUUGCCAGUUAUAGCCUGCCACAGGGACCAGACCAUGUCAGCAAGCAGUCUCUGCAUGACCAACGCACCAUCCACGCCUCUAUUGCAUCGCCGGCUUUGAUUGCAAGGUCUGACCAUACGCUACUCGCAAGCCCCAGCGACCACGGCAUUGACGACUUUGUCAAUGAAAUGAACUGGAUGGUCGACAUUAUCCAUGGCGGACGUGUCUAG